GGGUAAUUAGUGCGCGCCGGCCGGUAGGCGGGGAAGGCGGAGCCAAGCCGCACCAGCUCAACAUCUCCCCGCCUUCCUCUGGGCUGGCCUCCCAGGGCGGGCCUCCGACAGCGUGGACAAGGGACAGCCGGGUUGAAGAGGCAAGCGACCAUAGGGAAGGGUAGCGGAGGGCAAAACACCGCCCCCAGCGCCCAGCGCGCUCCAGAACCAUGAGCGCUUACAACUCACCCCCCUCCCACGGCGGCUCCGGGAGGGGGCGUGAGGCGGAGCUCUCUCCUCAAGCUGGGGACAACUCUGUCCAGGUCCCGAACGUGGCUUCCAACUCUGGUGAGGCCUCGUCCUACCCAGAGGAAUGGAGCAUCCCCUCUCACUGGCAGACCCUCUUCCACCCAUUGCCUAGCUCCCUGUCAAACGCGACCACUGUGGACGCGGCCGACAGCUGGAGUACUAAUGUAACUUCCCACCUCAGCACCAGUUUUGACCAGAAGAUUGACUCCGACUCCAAGACUGGCUGGGGCUUCAGCGCCGAUGGCCUGAACGAUCAGAUUCCCAUGUCUGCCGCCUUCUACAACACCUCUGAUAGGGCCGCCCCAAGCUCCAGCCAGGACACCGACAUCUCCCGGUUAUCGGUGGCAGGAUCUCUCCCACCCUUGAGGCCCUUGCGAGGGCCAGUACAAAGGUCAGCCCAGCCCUCAGUGCCCAGGUACCCCCAGAGUUCAGUCGAAGGAUCUGCCCUGCCCUCGGAGUCCUCCCCUAUCUCAGUGCCGGACUACCCUUCGUUAUCGGUACCAGGACCUAAUAUACCCGGUAACAUUUCUCAAAUGUCCAUGGAGGGACCUUCUGUACCCUAUAACACCCCCCGAGAUUCAAUACAAGAGCCCGCCACAUUCGAAGUGCCCGACUACCCCUGGAUAUUGGAACCGGGAUCUCCUAUGCCCAGCACCUUUUCCCAAUUGUCACUACCAAUACCUCCUACACCCCAUAACUCCCCCGGGAAUUCAAUACAAGAGUCUGCCCCGCCCUCAGUGUCCAGCACCCCCCGGGGUUCAGUACAAGGACCUCCUCCUGCACCCAGUAGUCCUUCCGAAGUGCUAAUACAAGUAUCUCCUAAACCCAAUAACUCUCCCGAAGUGUCAGCACAAGGGUCCGCCCCGUUCCCAGAGCCCGGCUCCCCCCGAGUAUCUGCAGAAACAUCGGCUCCGCCCUCGGGCGCUCCCGGAGAGUCAGCAAAUGGAUUCGCCCCGCCCUCAGCGCCCGGCUCCCCCCGGGUAUCUGAGGAAAGAUCGACUCCGCCCCCGGGCUCCCCCGGAGAGUUGGAGGAAGGGUACAUCCCGCCCUUUGGCGUCCCCACUCCUGUACCCACGCCUCGGGAGAAUCUCUUCCAAAGAAUGGCGAGUCGGGAGAAGACGAGUGUAGCAGACCACAUGUUCGACGUAGUCGUGAUAGGAGGCGGCAUCUCAGGAUUGUCUGCUGCCAAACUCCUCUCCGAGCACGAUGUUAACGUUUUGGUUUUGGAAGCACGAGACAGAGUUGGCGGACGAACAUACACCGUGAGGAACAAACAUGUGAACUACGUUGAUGUUGGUGGAGCUUAUGUUGGCCCAACCCAAAACAGAAUCUUACGCUUGUCUAAGGAGCUGGGCAUAGAGACAUACAAAGUGAAUGUCUCUGAGCGUCUUGUUCAAUAUGUCAAGGGGAAAAGUUAUCCAUUUCGGGGAGCUUUUCCACCAGUUUGGAAUCCCAUUGCAUAUCUGGAUUACAACAAUCUGUGGCGGACAAUGGAUAACAUGGGGAAGGAGAUUCCAGCUGAUGCACCCUGGCAGGCACCACAUGCUGAAGAAUGGGACAGGAUGACCAUGAAAGAGCUCAUCAAUAAAAUCUGUUGGACAAAGACUGCUAGGCAGUUUGCUUCUCUUUUUGUAAAUAUCAAUGUGACCUCUGAGCCCCAUGAGGUGUCUGCACUGUGGUUCCUGUGGUAUGUGAAGCAAUGUGGGGGCACCACUCGGAUAUUCUCGGUCACCAACGGAGGCCAGGAACGGAAGUUCAUAGGUGGCUCUGGUCAAGUGAGUGAACGGAUGAUGGACCUCCUCGGGGACCGAGUAAAGCUGAAAUGUCCUGUCACCUAUGUUGACCAAUCAAGUGACAACAUCAUCGUAGAGACGUUGAAUCAUGAACUUUAUGAGUGCAGAUACGUAAUUACUGCAAUCCCUCCGGUCUUGACUUCCAAGAUCCACUUUAGACCAGAACUUCCAUCGGAGAGAAACCAGUUAAUUCAGCGUCUUCCAAUGGGGGCUAUCAUUAAGUGCAUGAUGUAUUACAAGGAGGCCUUCUGGAAGAAAAAGGACUACUGUGGCUGCAUGAUCAUCGAAGAUGAAGAAUCUCCGAUUUCAAUAACCUUAGAUGACACCAAGCCAGAUGGAUCACUGCCUGCCAUCAUGGGCUUCAUCCUUGCCCGUAAAGCUGAUCGACUUGCUAAACUCCAUAAAGAAAUAAGGAAGAAAAAAAUCUGUGAGCUCUAUGCCAAAGUGCUGGGAUCCCAAGAAGCUUUACAACCUGUUCAUUAUGAAGAGAAGAACUGGUGUGAGGAGCAGUACUCUGGGGGCUGCUACACGGCCUACUUCCCCCCUGGGAUCAUGACUCUAUAUGGAAGGGUGAUUCGUCAGCCAGUGGGCAGGAUUUACUUUGCUGGCACAGAGACUGCCACACAAUGGAGCGGCUACAUGGAAGGAGCAGUUGAGGCUGGUGAACGGGCAGCAAGAGAGGUCUUAAAUGCUUUAGGGAAGGUGGCCAAGAAGGACAUAUGGGUUCAAGAACCUGAAUCAAAGGACAUUCCAUCAAUAGAGAUCUCCCGCACCUUCUGGGAAAGGAACCUGCCUUCUGUUUCAGGCCUGCUGAAGAUCCUUGGAUUUUCUACAACAGUAACUGUCCUGUGGAUUGUAAUGCACAAAUUUAAGCCCCUGGCACGGUCUUAAAGUUCUAUGUCAUGCUUUCUGCUUAUGUCUCAGUACCAUCAAAAGGAAAAUGUUAACAAAGGUUGUGUCAUUGGGUCAUUUUUAAGUGCACUGGAUUUAUCCCCCUUCAAUUUAGUCUCAGUCAAUGUUAAAGUAAAAAUAACCCAAAGAAUCAUCUAAUUAAUUUUAGUAAGAUCAAACUCCAUCUUAUUUGUCUGUGUAGACUAACUCGUAUUGAUUGAUAGAAUAAACCCUGUGAUCGCCUUCAAAAAGUUAAAAUUGAUGUGUUCAUUCAGAACAAUUUCUGUAUCCUGUUUUUCUGCCCUUUACUGUAAAAAACCUGAUGAUUUUUAAAAAGAAAGCAUUUGAUUUUCUCUCUGUAGAAGUGGAAUAAGUUAAGGCCCAGUCUGUGACUGUCCUAAGGCAAUGGUGCAGUGAUGCUACAGAGCCCGGUGGCUCACAGCCUCCUGAGGUGAGCAGGUCCCACUUCGGAUCAGAAAAUAGUAGAGGAAAGCACUGUGGGAGCAGGGGCUUGCAGACCCUCAAAGCAGGAAAGGGGUAUCUUUUUGGGCUGCUGCCUUAGGAAGCUCCUGACCACUUCCAAUUCCUGUGACUUUUCUAGGCAUCUAGCCUCAGCACUAGCUUAAUUUGCAUGUUUUCCCUCUUUUGUGUCUUACGGAGCAGAGAGUUUACCAAGUUAUAAUGCUUAAAUUGACGUACUGUGACUUGUGUAUAGCUCCCCGGAUAAGCCAAGUAAAAUGCUGGUCGGAGUGUCCCCCAGGAGGCCUCCCAGCCUAACACUGUAUGAGACCAACUAGAAUGGGCAUCUCCUCUUCCCCCUGAAAGUCAGCCAGACACCAAUAGAUCCUUGUCAAUGACAACAUUCUAUGCUGACUUCAGGAAAGCAGUAUUUUCCAUUUUUUUCUGGUGGCCCCUGGCUGUCUGAAGGCCCUUAGGGGCAUAUUUUUUUUUCUUUUUUUCUAGGACCAUAGAAUUAAAAGAUCUCUUAGCUUACAUAUGUCUUCAACAUGAUUACAUUUCUGUAAAUAUUCAAUCUCUCUCAAGUACUGAAAUAUACAUGAUAUAUAUCUGAUUGUUAUUUGAUGAGACUGUCAAAGACAGAAAGGAAAUUAGGACUCUAUAUCAUAACCGCAUUUGAUUUAGUUAUUAAGUUUUAUAAAAGACAUGAAAUUGAGUGAUUUUAUAUAUGAAGACUGAGUUCUCUAUUUUAGGAGUAAUGUGGGCCCAGAAGCAUGUCCAUCUCUUAUCUUUCCCAUUUUAAAAAAUGGUCAGAUUUUUUUAAAGCUCCUUCCAAAGGUUUCAACCAUAAAAUACUUCUUUUUAAAAAUAUAUUUUUAUUUAAGGAGAGGAAACCAACCAACCCAAUUUUAUUACGUCAUUAACUUCAUCAUAAAUCCAAGUUUAAGUCACUGGACCAUGGUGUGAAGAUGUAAGGUCUGCCAAAGUUUUGCCUAUCCUAAGAGCUGGAUUUUUCUGCCACUGUUUACCUUGCAAUUCAAAAGCAUUUUAGCUAAUUUAGGCAUUUUGUUAAUAUCUUAGAUGUGCUCCCAUACAUAAGGAGUUGCCGCAGUUUACACUAAACUGAUUCAAGAAAUCUCAUCCCUAAUCUAUUGCAGCUUUUUCUAUUCACUUACUGAUUAACUCAGUCUUGACACACCUUUGGGGAAAUACUGAUUUAAACUCCUUAACUGUGAACAGUUUCAACAGUAAUCAGGUUGUUAACGUAUUUGAAUCUUGAAUGUUGAGGGACUUGUUAAUAUGUGAUUUGCCCUCUAACUUUUUGAGAAAAUCAAUUUAUUCUAAUUAGAUCAACCCUAUUAAGCUACAGAUUUGAGUAUCAAAAUAAAUGGCAGUCCAGAUGUGCCUACACAUGAAAUUGAAGCUAGGAACUCCCACCACAUGUGAAACCUUGCAACAUGAAGAUACCAUAGGUCUUUCUUCUGAACCAGAGAAAUGAAAGUCAGUUUAAGAGGCUGAUAGAGCCUGGCCCUGUUAAGGCAUCCACUUCACCAUUCUGAAGGCUAAGUCAACCUCAGUCCAUAGUUUGGUAAGGAAUUAUAAUAGAUUUCAAAAGUUCAUCUGUGUGUCACAAUUAACUGUUAAAUAAGGUCUCAUACUCCACUAAAGAAAAAAAACAUUAAAGGAUUGUGAACUAUGUGUAGUAUGAUUGUGAAUUUGGUGCCUAAUGUUCCAUGUUUGACGUUUGUCCCAAUGCUACAUGUGGGAGUAUGCAUAUGUAUGUAUUUUGCCACUGAAGUAGGAUUUUGCCUGUAUGGUACUGUUUUGUUGUCUAAUAAAGUGCACUAAUACCCCUGA